AUGGACUACCAGGAGCCCUACUCGGUGCAGGCCACCGCGGCCAUCGCGGCCGUCAUCACCUUCCUCAUUCUCUUCACCAUUUUCGGCAACUCGCUGGUGAUCCUGGCGGUGCUGACGAGCCGCUCGCUGCGCGCCCCGCAGAAUCUGUUCCUGGUGUCGCUGGCGGCCGCGGACAUCCUGGUGGCCACGCUCAUCAUCCCCUUCUCGCUGGCCAACGAGCUGCUGGGCUACUGGUACUUCCGGCGGACGUGGUGCGAGGUGUACCUGGCGCUCGACGUGCUCUUCUGCACCUCGUCCAUCGUGCACCUGUGCGCCAUCAGCCUGGACCGCUACUGGGCCGUGAGCCGCGCCCUGGAGUACAACUCCAAGCGCACCCCUCGCCGCAUCAAGUGCAUCAUCCUCACCGUGUGGCUCAUCGCAGCGGCCAUCUCGCUGCCGCCCCUCAUCUACAAGGGAGACCGGGGCCCCCAGCCCCGGGGGCGCCCGCAGUGCAUGCUCAACCAAGAGGCCUGGUACAUCCUGGCCUCCAGCUUCGGGUCCUUCUUCGCGCCCUGCCUCAUCAUGAUCCUGGUCUACCUGCGCAUCUACCUGAUCGCUAAACGUAGCCACCGCAGAGGUCCCAGGGCCAAGAGGGGCCCUGGGGACGGUGAAUCUAAACAACCACGCCAGGUUCCUGGGGGAGCCUCCCCCAAACUGCCAGCCCUGGCCUCCCAUUUGGCUGCUUCCGGAGAGGCCGAUGGACACUAUAAGCCCACUGAAGAGAAGGAGCCCCCGGGCGGGACCCCUGAAGAUCCUGGGAACCCAGCCUCGCCACCCAGCUGGCCUGCCCUUCCCCAUGCAGGUCAGGGACCGAAGGAAGGCGUUUGUGGUGCAUCUCCGGAGGGGGAAGUUGGAGAGGAGGAAGAGGAGGAGGAGGAGGAGGAGUGUGAGCCUCAGGCCUUGCCAGUGUCCCCUGCCUCCGCUUGCGGCCCACCCCUGCAGCAGCCACAGGGCUCGCAGGUGUUGGCCACCCUGCGUGGCCAGGUGCUCCUGGACAGGGGUAUAGGCGCUGCAGGUGGGAAGUGGUGGCGGCGGGCCCAGCUGACCCGGGAGAAGCGGUUCACCUUUGUGCUGGCCGUGGUCAUAGGCGUCUUCAUGCUCUGCUGGUUCCCUUUCUUCUUCAGCUACAGCCUGGGCGCCAUCUGCCCGCAGCACUGCAAGGUGCCCCAUGGCCUUUUCCAGUUCUUCUUCUGGAUUGGCUACUGCAACAGCUCGCUGAAUCCUGUCAUCUACACCAUCUUCAACCAGGACUUCCGCCGUGCCUUCCGAAGGAUCCUUUGCCGCCAGUGGACCCAGACGGCCUGGUGAGCCGCCUGCCUGCUGCCCUUGCGGGGCUGGUGCCAGGUAGCACCAGGGCCACAGUGCUGCCUACCCUGUUUUAUGUGGCCACCUCCCUGGGGCUGUCUGGUCUCUGCCCAGGUACUGCAGGCCUCAUCUUGGGAGCACCCUGGGAGGCGCACUGGCAGGAGUGCUGUUCA